UCCUAAGCCACUCGUGGUCGUCCUGGGCCUCGUUCACGAUUGCGCUGAGCUGUCGCAAGGCCUGCUUUAGGUCCUUCGCGAUGUUGCUCCGCGUGCUCGUGAACUCAAUGAUGGUGUCGAGCUGUCCCGCGAUUGCAAGCAACCUAGGGAGGGGCCCAAAGCUAUUCAUGGCUCUGAUUAGCCCGGGUCAAUCCUUCGGUUGCUCCUCCGGCUGUCCACCGAUCUCGACCGUUAUCUCUGCGUCUCGCGGAGAUUUCGACCGUUUGUUCGGAUCACUAUGUUGGGGAGAUCUGGUUAGACUUGUUCUCUGGGGGUUUGGGGUUUCGAGCUUGUUUGAUGGGUGAAUCGAUUAGCUUGGGACCGAAGAGAGUACCAGAGCUGAGCCAAAAAGUUGAGCACGUUAUUUCGGGACCUUCUAGUCUUAGAGUUACCUCUAUGUUAGAACCACGUACAGAAUCUCGUUUGAUGACAUUUCCACAGUUUGUUGUUUUCUGCAUGCCCAACUGACAGUACAGCCGUUGAUCUUGAAAAGGUAUCCGCUUAUUGAUUUUCAAUCGCUUCUAUCUGAAGCCCAGUCUGCAUCUGCAUAUCGGUCAACGCUGAUGCGUCAUGCUCGCGGCGAAACAACAAUCUCGAUGACUUGGUCCCCUUCAAAUAUCUAACAAUCUUCUUCAGAGCUUGCCAGUUGCUAUCGCUGGGGCGUUGCUGGUAUCUUCCCAUCAUAACAGAUGUCAGGUCUGACGCUUAGCAUAUGGUACAUCAUACUGCCAAGCAGCUCGCGGUAGGGUUGAUUAAUUCGGGAAACGCAAGGCCCUUCUCCAUCGGAUUUUCCAUUCCAAAUUUCGGCAGAAGUUUGUCAAUGGCCGCCUCUGACACUUAGAAAUACCCAUUCUUACACGUGAUGGAAUCCAUCUUUGACAUAAAGGAUGAGACGUAAACAAACAUGUCAUAUAAAAUUAAGUGCUCCGAGACUGAAAAGUUCGAAAGUACGUUUGAUUGAGCUGAAUUUCACGUCUAUUAUGACUCAAUUUUAUGUCAAAAUUUACGCUCAUUUAUGUCAGUCUCAGAUCACCUAAAUUUACAUCAAAAUUUCUAAGUGUGUAGGUGACCUUCAUCGGAAGGACGGGGCUCGUCAACAGCUGGGGUAGAAAGUUUCCUGUGAUAAUUGCAGUGGAAAUGUUUAUCCAAUAACUUUCAGGGAAGUUUGAACUGUUAAUUUGAUCGAAAUUCACUGAACAGGGCGAGUUAAAAUGGGUGGGAAUUCCAGCAUAUGUCACUAUCGGUCGGUACAUAGUUUUCCAAUAACGCAACCAUUCAGUUCAAAUCAGACGCUCACCAUGAUUGGGAUUCUUCGCUACGUCAAGUUCUACCUCGUUGGAAAGUACCAAUCCUUCCGUGACAGUGACAACUCCUUCGUAGUCAUGAUGUUUUGCAAUCGCUUGGUCGGCAUCUUUGAUAAUCCUAACAGUGAGUUGAACCGGCUUCACCCAGUCAAGUACGUCCUACUUACAAUCGCAAUAGUCUACACACUACUCGAAACGAGUUCCAUCAUUUUCUUCAAGCCCUUCAACAUGAAUCAACACUUCGAAAUUCUAUUUAUGACGUUUAGUCGGCAACUUUGCGUCAUCUUAUGGAUCUCGCUAGCGGUCUGCCGUGGUGAUUUGAAGCAGAUCUGGAUCUACCUGUUUGAUCUCCAGCGCAACACCCCAGAUGAACGCCGAAGCAAACCAAUCCGCACCAUCAAUCGAUUCACGCUCAUCUUUCUAAUGCAGAACCUAUUUCCAACGGUGGUAUGGUCCUUGAACGGCCGAUCUGGAUCCCCGAUAUUUCUCUAUAAAAACGAUCUGAUCAACAUGUUCAACGCCAUUCUGAUCCCUAUCGCUGUAGUCGUGCUGACAUUCAUGUUCCAUUACUCAAUGAUCGUCGUCUGUUCGAUUCUUCCGGCACUGACCCUGGAAUUCCGACUGCUCGGCUUAGAUUUUGAGCGCAUCUUUGAAGACGUUGGAUCGCUCGAGGAAACAGUACGUAGUGCUGCUAAUCAUUGGGACAAACUUGAACAGGCAUUCGUUAGCUGCGUCGAACGGCAUCAAACGUUGCUCAACACUGCAGCCACAUUCCGUCAGCAACUGAAGAUCUACUUCCUGAUUCAGCUGGGAAUAGACUUCAUCGUCAUCGUUCUCAGUACAUUGAUAUAUGCUUUCACUCGACAACAAGUGGACUCUAGCUUUGUGUUCACCGUUUUUGCAGCGAUUGCCAACUUGUUCAACCUUUUGUUGUUCGGGUUCCUGUGCGAUCAAAUGGAAGAGCAGGUAGGUUGUUGAUCUUCGUUCACCGGCGAUGCGUUCACCACUAUCAAGUUGAACUCUCCCAUAGGUUGCUGCCAUCAACUACCAUCUGUACUGCUCCGGUUGGACGGACAAGCUGAUCUACUCGAGAACGUUCGGAUGGCGAUACAUAAAGCUCCGCA